AGAGGGGGUAGUAAUGGCAUUCCAAAAAUGGCGUCUGGUUUGAGUUUUGUUGACCCUGAGUAACCGAAAGUUGCCACAAAAUUUGACGGUUGAACUUGGCUUUUGCCAUGUAGGGUUAUUGGAAAUUGACGUCUUCACUACACGUGGACCAAUGAUGCAUGGGUCAUAUUACCCAUCACCCCGUGGGGCAGGAGGAGGCACAAGUUACGUCUACACCAACGGUCAUGUGCCUAACAGCACCCCUCGUGCAGUGCCUGUCACCAUGAAUGGUGGUCCGGGGUUCACCUUCCAAAAGAGACAUGAAAGAAUUGACUGGAGAAGAAUGGCUUCUGUUGACGUUAACCGAGUGAUGCAGGAACUUGACUUUGCAACCUUACAAGAUGUCAUCAUGACUGUUACCUUCUGUGACAUCACGGCUGAGGUUGACAUGAGGGCAAUAGAUGCAAACUUUAUCAAGCUCUUCCAACUCUCACAACUCAUUGCUGAGUAUUUACUGCAUUCCCAAAAUUACCUGACUCAUAGUAUCAGCUUGACCCAGGAGAAGCUUCAGCAAUCAGAGGAAGCUCACAGUGUGACGAGGACAGAAGUCAGUAAGGUCAGACAAGAGGUCAAGAAGAUCAAAGAAGAAUGUCACAAACGCAAGAAAAUGCUCAAGCAACAACAGAAUCUCAUACAGGCUGGAGCCAAUAAUUAUCACAAGUGCCCUUAUUGUGUGAAAGCCUUCGUCCAUGCUGCUUACCUUCAGUCUCAUCUUCAGCGCAAACAUCCCGAGUACGUCCCUCCAUUGGCAGAAUCUGAAGCCAAGAGGCAGCAGGAAAGCUUGGAGAGGGAGAUUGAAGGAUUGAAGGAGAGGUUGAGACUGACAGAGAGUCAGAUGGAAGAGGAAAGAAAGAUGAUGCAACAGCAGAUAACAACCUAUAAGGAAAGCCUUUCCAGGGAAGACAGCAAAAGACUUGAGGAGUUGCAGAGACAACAAAUGGAAUCUUGGAAACGAGAACAGCUAGAAUCACAAAGAAGUGAGAUGGAACGAAUGCAGGAGAUGUUCAUGAAAGAAUUGAAGGAGAUGAAUGAGAAAUAUUCGUCUUCUCAGCUUGCUCUUGAAGACCUUCAGUCCAAGUAUGGUAAAAAGUCCAUGUUAGGGACCUUACAAGAUGAGGAUGAACUUGCUGAUCUCAGGGAACAAGUUAAGAAACUUAAGAAAGAGAAUGAGCAAAGGGAUUUGGACCUUCAAAAUAAACUGGUUUCCACCCAGUCUUCCAUGCGAGAGCAAGCCAAGAUGUUCAAGGAUCAAACCAAACAGAUGAAGAGAGACCACAAGGAUGACAUGCAGGAACUGAAGAACCAGUUGGACCAGGCAGAAGCUGCUCUCAGGAUUGAGAGAGAAGGGGGGAGUAAUAUUGGCAAGAAGUAUGAGAAGCAAAUCCAGCAGUUACUGCAGGAAUCUAAAGAACAGAAGAAGGUAUUAAGAAGCAAGGAAGAGGAGAUUAAGUCUCUGAAAGCGCGACCUCCUCCAGUAUCCAUUAUACCAGAGGUCAAGCCAGCAGUGGUCAGCAACACACCAGUCAAUACUGGUCAGCAAGUACUACAGGCCAAGAGGCUUGAUUUGAUAUAUGCUCAGAAAUCUCCUGCUAAACCUCCCCCGUCUCCUCCUGCUAAGAAAGCUGCACCCAUCUUGGCUCAAUCACUAAGCUCAGAGGAAGAGGAGGAAUCAGAUGACGGUAUUCAGUCAAACGAGGAGGAAGGUGAUAUUUCCAUGAAAUCUUCCCAGGAGCUAGCUUCCUCAGACACUGAAGACCAGUUCUCAGAUGGAGAGAUUACUAUUACAGACAAUGAUAACGAUAAUGAUCUCUUAGGUGAUGAGAGGCUAACAUUGAAACAAGACUUGGUGUCCUUGUUGAAGAGGAAUCUUGAGAAGCAAGGUGUACCUGAGGGUGUGAAUGGUAUCACCUCUAAUUCCCUGGACAACAAGAUGAGACGACUCAAGGAACAGCGUCAGGCUCUUGCUAGAAGUCAUCCUCAUUUCCGUGAAAUCAGGAAGAGCUUGAAGGAAGAUCUGGAGAGGAUGUUGGCUGAGAGACAGCGAGGAGUCAGGAAGAUGACGUCAAGUGCACGUCCCAAGUCAACUUCACCCAAGCCGAGAUCAAGUGCUAAUGUCUCUAAAGACAAACACUCAGCAUCUAGAACUCAGUCUCAAGCUAAGAGCUCCAUGCCAUCAUCAUCUGGUGUCAAGCUAUCAGGUGUUGGCCACACCCAGCUAUCAAUUAAAGAACCAGGAAGACAGGUGCCUCCACCUGUUGCUCCAAGGAAUUCAGAGAUGCCUAAGUCAUCAUCUCUGAAGUCAGGCUCUAAGCCACCAGGAUCACCAGCAAGAGUGUCCUUUGAUGUCACUGAUGAUGGUGAUUUUGAGUCUGAUGUUGAUGAGGAUGAAGAUGACUCUUUAGAUGAUGAAGAAGAUGAAAGUGAGUUGUCGCUGGAUGAGGACAGUCCAGACACCAACAUUAAUCGACGACCGGCUGCAUCGAUACCAGCUUCUUCUGUAAUUCCUCCUCAACCAGCUGCGAGAGGCACAGCUGAGGGAAUGGAUGAUGACAGUGAUUGGGACUCUGAGGAUGUCAGUGAGCUUGAGGAGAUGAGCCAGAAUGAGAGAGGAAAAGGAGGUCAUGAACAGCAUCGGCAACAGCAGCAACGACAACAGCAGCAGGGAAGGAGUUCAAGACCAAUGCCAGCUGGAAGACCAAAGAGCCCAGCAAUUGCUCAAAAGGCUCAGAAAAUUGAGCAGUUGCUGUCACAGCGUCGCUCCGACCAUAAACCAGUGGGAGGAGUUGACCUUGGAGUCAAAAGUCAGUCAAGUAAUCUCCGACCAGACUCACGGGAUGAAGGACGGUCACCAUCGCCACGGAUACCAACAUUACCUGAUGCAAGUGAUGAAGAAGAUGAUGAUGAUGAUGAUAGUUUUGCCGUCUCUUCUCUGGAUGGGAGUAACUACUCUGUGCCUCGUACAAGAGGACCCCCAGUGCCAGUACCAGCUCCAAGGCAAGGUUCUAGACCUCCUACUACAGGUAGUAGAAAGUCAGACACAGAUAUGUCAAAUACCUAUGGCACCAGUAUGUGGGGAUCAUCCAAAGGUCAAGGUGAAUCGGGAACAGCCAAGAGCUCUCUCGUCUCUGUCACAGACUUUGACGACGAUGAUGAUUUGGAUCUCAGUGACCUUUGACACAGCUAAUCAACCAGUUACCUCUCACUAACAAUUCAACAGCAGGACUUUGUAUUGAUUCACUCCGUCCAAACAUGUUUCAUAACCAAACAAUAAGAAUUCGGGCCAGAUUUUAUGACAUUUAAGUAUUCAAUCCAAUAUUUUCAAAAAGCUGUUCAUAUUGCCUCUAAAUUGUGUUCAGUUGUACAAUUUAUUGCUGAGUGAGAUUGUAUAGAACAUUGCUUAUAUAGCACCUUGAGUAAUAUAGAGAUCCCCGGUUGAGACAGACAGCCAGUGGAAUGAGUUGUAAGAGUCACCUAACUUACUAACUUGGUGGUUAAUAAAACUCUAGGAUAUCCCGCAGGCAUCAAUGAAAACAUCCCCAUACCCCCUGUUCCUUCCUUAUGGAGAUUUCUUUGCAGUAGAAAAUUCUUUUCAAAAUUUCUGCUCAGAAGUCGGCUUGGAACCAGUUAUGGGUGAUAUUUUCCAGUGCUAUUUUAACCAUCAAUUUGCAGCCACAAACGUUUCCGUGCUAUUUAUAUUUAUGCACUUUGCAGGUGUUUAGUUCUUGCCCCUUUUUUUUACUUGAUAAUCUUUCAUUGUGAUUGGUACUUGUGUUGUAAAUGCCAAUCGCCAAAUCAAAGAGGGAAGUUUUUUGAAAGGUGCUUUAAUCUGAGCUCAUAUCAGGUCUCUAUCCUUAGCGCAGCAAUAAUUUGUUGCUAGUGGCAUUUACUGAUUGCAACAUGGAUUCUUGUGGAAAUUUUCUCCCUGCCUUUACAACUCCUUGAAAAAAAUUCUAUGAACAAUUUGUUCUAAACUGCACUUUGUGUAAUUUCUGAACAUUUAUUCCAUGAAAAAAAUAUGCUCAGAAGCUUAAUGAAUUUGGACAGUACUGCCUUAUUAGAAGUUGAUGUUUCUGCCUGAGUUGAAACUGGACAAGUGUGUGCUUUGCUUAAUUAUUGGAUAAUCGAAGCGGUCUGUUAUUUGAAAUACUUUGAAUUGUUUGAUUUGAUUCUUCAGAUUUGAAAAAAGUUGUACAUUAGGACUCCUGUGUGUUAAAAUGUUGAAUAUUCCCUCCAAAUUUCUUCAAGCCAUCCAAAAGAUUUGUCCAUUUGAAUAAUUACUGGGAUGACACUUUAAUGUAAACUUCAAUUAAUUUAUUCCUGUUUAUGUAAAUAUUUAUUUAUGUUAAAAGUUGUUAUGUAAGACAGGGUCUAUUCGUUUAGUUUUUAGAUCAUUAGUUUCCAUAUACAUGUAAUGGCUGUAUGGUAUUGCAAGCAACUAAAAUAAAACUUGUUCUCCAAGUUACAUUUUUUGCUAAUACAUGUAUAUGCGUCGCUGCUUGUUAAAGCCAAUCAAAUUACAGUAUAGGACAAGUGCCUUUAUGCUUGGCUGAAAUGAAGAAUUAAAUGAAACCCACUAACCAAUUCUUGCCCAAAGCUGUUUGAAUGAAAUUUAAUUCCAAAUAAAUUCAAUAAAAGUCACUUGAUUUGCUAUUUAUUCCUGUGUUCUCCGUCCAAGGUAGCUGAUGAAUUGUUUCCCGACAUUUACAGAUUUUCAUUUGCCUCAACUACAUUUGUGAAGAGCUUAAAAUUUAAAUGGCAAUCUGUUCAGAGCUAUACCUUGUGAUUUUUAGUUACCAUGGUGACCCAAAUGAUGCCAUAUGGUGCACAUAGGACUCAGCCACCCAGUGUUAGUCGCAUUCAGGAUUUUGAAACAUCUCAUGAUGUUGUGUGGAGGUGCAAAGGAAACGACGUUUUCUAAGAGUAGAGGAUGGGAUUCCAUCAGCAAAUGAUUCCAAGAUGCUUGUGAGUUAUAUCAAUACAAAUGAGAAUUU